AAUUUCAACCCUUCGCAGCCCCGGCCCCUCCAACCGAUAGCGAGACGAUGAUAAACGCCUUUUUAGUUUUCAACGGCCAAGGCCAGCCAAGAUUGACGAAAUUUUAUACACAGCUUGAGACCAGCAUUCAACAACGACUAAUUUCCGAAAUAUUUACUCUUGUCUCUAAUCGGCCGUCUGGAUCUUGCAAUUUCCUACCUCUGCCACCACUACUUGCAGCGUCGAGCACUGCGAAAAACGCAUCAGAAGAACAGAACGAUGUGCCGUCGCUGGUGACGUACCGCAACUAUGCGACACUUUACUUUAUCGUCAUAUCAACAUCGACCGAGUCACCUCUAGCACUUAUAGAUCUUAUCCAAGUUUACGUCGAAGCUUUGGACAAAUUGUUCGAGAAUGUCUGCGAGCUGGAUCUUAUCUUCAACUUUGAAACGCUGCACGCGACUCUCUCUGAAAUGAUAGUAGGAGGCGUGGUUAUCGAAACGAGUUUAGACAGGAUAGUAGCAGGUGUCAGAGCUCAAGGCACUGUAGCGAAGCGUCCUGUGAACGAAGGUCGCGCCACAGGCCUCGGUGCUGGCUUAGGCAUGACGAGCAACUUUGGCUGGGCAGGCAGGUAGGCUGAGUAAUGCCUUAUGAGAAGUUCAUUUUUCUGGCGCACUAUUGGGACUGGGGCGUUUGAUUGUGAUUAUUUGGCCAAUGGUUAAAGAGGCUAUAUGGAAUUUACAUUAUUAUACACUACCAACUAUCAUGGCAUCAUAGACAUUAGUUCGGUUUCGACUUCUCUGCUUCUGACUGAGACGGAUGCAUGCCCUGAAUCAUGUCAUCUGAUUGUUCAUAUCGCUUAUCUUUGUCCAGAAUACCGAAUAGAUUCUCGGUUUUCUUUCUAAUCUGCGAGCCAGCAGGGUUAGCAAACGGCCCUGCGCAAAGAGCCUGGGGUAUCAAACUCACUUCUUCUGAAGGCUUAUACUUCUGACCCCACCACUCAAAUUCAGAGAAGAAUAAUAAAUAAAUCAUGGCGGCUAUAGGUUUCUUCGCAUUAGCCGACGCGCCGCGUAAGGUAGCCAGAGCAUUCUUCAGUACUAACCGGUCAUUGUGGCUAGUUGGGCAUAUUUAACAGCCUUGUCCCAUCUCGGCGAUCGGUUUGCUAAGAACAUUCGGCGUUUGUACUUUUUCUCGAAGCGUAAUUGUUGUUGGUGAGUCAACUGUUUGAAGUCCGGCGGCCAGACAGUUUUGGCUUUGUAAAUGUUGCUCGCGGCGAUUGGAGGCAAUUUGCUGAAGACUCCAUCUUUAGCAGGCUGAGCCAGUCGUCUUAACGUUAUCGAAAACAUGUCGCUCGAUUGUUGUGUCGCCGAGAGUAUUACCAGAUAAUCG